AUGAUUUCUUGGCUGUUGUGUAUUCUUCUUCUUAACUUCUUGUGUGGAUCUACUGGUUACCCACCUCAUCGUCCCAUCUCUAUUGCGACCCUCGUACCAGCAGACGAGCGCCGCUUGUUCUCCAUCAAAAGGGUGUCUCCAGCCAUCGCCAUUGCGAUAGACAAGGUGACUGCCAAAGACGGAAUACUACCUUACAGCAUCAUCAACGUCAAGUACCGGGAUUCGCAGUGCUCUAUAGCCGAUGCCAUGAACGAGGCCAUCAACUACUACGUCAAGAAGGAAGCUGACGUGUUGUUCGGCCCGUGUUGCGACUACGCGGCGGCCCCAAUUGCCCGCCAGACUCGCUACUGGAAUCUACCUAUGGUGACGCCGGGCGCCAUGGCAAGGGAUUUUGCCAUCAGAAAGAAGAACAUGUUCCCACUACUUACAAGGAUGGGGGCGAACUUCGAUUCCCUCGUGGAUUUUCUUGUUUCUAUGCUGAACCACUUUGGAUGGUCGAAAGUGAACAUUGUGUAUCACCCGGAUGGACAGAGCUAUGUGGUCGAACGAUUCUGCCACGUGGCCACCGACGGGAUCCACUAUGGCAUGAGGGCCCGCAAAGGCUUGCAUAACUUUACCCAGGAUUAUUUCAAGUUUGACUACGAUUCGGAAAUCGUUGAACAGAUGAAGGAAGAACUUGGGAGAGAAUUUGCAGGCGUGCGUGAACAGUUCUGUGAUGAAAGCAUGCCAAAAAUUACCAACACCCACAUCUUGCACCUCACCUAG